UCUUUUCCCCAAAUUUCAGAGGGACAGAGGCUAGCAAUGAAAACGCUGAGAACCAAACUUAUGAUCUCCGGAGCUCGAUGGGAAAUGCGGCGUUGGCAAGAUCUUUCGUCUUUCUCCAUCUUAAUCUCUCUCUGUUAAUCUCUGUUCUCCUCCCUAAUUUUCUACUAAUUUUUUAUUGAUUUUUGAAGGAAAAAGGUAUGAUCUUUCAUCCGAAUACGAACCAAUCCUGUGUCACCUCCCAAAUUUUGGAUUUCUUUUGUUUGUUUUCAAAAUCAUAUAUUGCGAUAGUUUGUGCUUGUUUUUGUUCUUAUCUUGCUGCAAAAUCUCAUCUUUUUCUUCAAAGAGGAUUUAAGUUGAGAGUUUUGCAUCAGAGGGUUUGAGAAUUGAGAUUGAUGAGCAUGACAAUAGAGAAAUGGCAGCCUUGGUUUGGCACAAAACAAGGCCUUUUCUCUCUUUGCAUUUGAUUCUCAGGGCUUCAGUCCGGUUUAAUUGUUCUUCUUCGGAGGGAUGCGUUCAAUCUGAGUCCUUAUCAUGGAGAGUAGAAAGGUUACCAAAGGGGGAGUCAGUUGUCUCUGCUUUCCAGAGUUGGAUGGGUGAGGGAUUUGCUAUUCAUAGGGGUGAUAUAUUCCACACCAUUAACCGGCUCAGAAAGCUCAAGAUGAACAAGCGAGCUCUUGAGGUUAUGGAGUGGGUGAUUAGAGAGCGACCUUACAAGUUACGAGAACUUGACUACUCUUACCUUCUUGAGUUCACGACUAAACUCCAUGGAGUUUCACAAGGUGAAAGCCUCUUUCUUCGAAUCCCGCAUGCAUAUCAGAAUGAAUUGCUCUACAAUAACCUUGUCAUGGCUUGUCUUGACAAGGGUUUGGUCCGGCAUUCACUUGCUUACAUGAGAAAGAUGAGGGAGUUGGGGUUUCCCAUCUCCCCAUACGUGUACAACCGCUUGAUAAUUCUCCACUCACCUUCCGGUCAUCAGAAAACCAUACCAAAAAUUCUCCGUCAAAUGAAGGCUGAUGGCGUCACCCCGCACACAUCCACUUACAACAUUCUUUUGAAGAUAAGAUCCGAUGAGCAUGACAUUGAGGGGCUUUCUAAAGUGUUCAAUGAGAUGAAAAAAUCGAAUGUUGAGCCCAAUGAAAUCACGUAUGGAACCUUGGCAAUCGCGCAUGCUGUUGCUAGAUUGUACACAGUUGCGGAGACUUAUGUUGAUGCUAUUGAAAAGUCAAAAACCGGACAUAACUGGUCAACGUUAGAUGUAUUACUUCUCUUGUAUGGAUACUUGGGGAAAGAAAAAGAGCUGGAAAGGACUUGGAAGCUUGUUGGUGAACUUCCUCAUGUGAAAUCUCAAAGUUUUCUGCUGGUGAUCGAAGCUUUCGGGAGGAUGGGACUGGUGGACAGGGCAGAAGAAGUUUGGUCAGAAAUGAAAUCAAAGAGAGGUUUAAAAUUGACAAAGCAGUUCAAUUCCAUGAUGGCUGUCUAUUGUCGCAAUGGACUUAUUACAAAAGCGACCGAUUUAUUCAAAGAAAUGAUGGUGACCGAAUGCAAGCCAAAUGCAAUCACGUAUCGCCACCUUGCUUUGGGCUGCCUGAAAGCGGGUCUGGUGAAGGAAGCAUUGAAGACUAUGCGCAUCGGGAACGAUCAGACUUUAAGUUUUCAGGUAAGGAAAUCUGUGCCGUGGCUCGAGACGACAUACAUGCUAUUAGUAGGUUUUGCAGACAUAGGUGACAUUGAGAAUGCAAGGAAUUUGCUCGAGGAAUUCAAGAGAUUGAAAUAUAGCAAGUAUACUUUUGUUUUCAAUACUCUACUGAGGACUUAUGUGAAGGCGGAAGUUUAUGAUCCGAAUUUGUUGAGGGAGAUGAUUCUUGCUGGUGCGAGGCCUGAUGCCGAGACAUACAGUCUUGUGAGACUCAUAGAGCAGUUUAAAGACUGAAGAGUUUUCUUUCACCCAUGAAUCUAUAAUGAAAUACUAGUCAAAAUUCAUGGUAUAGUCUGUCAAAUCCGAAUUGAAGAAUAAGGUAUUUUAGAAGAGGCAACUAUAUUGAGCAAAAGAAAGAUCGGUUUUGAAAUUAACCGAUGUUUAGGCUGUCUACUGAAAAGUUCCUGCAUAAGCAAUAUUUGUCAAAAA